CACACGCCGCCGCCGCCGCAGAGACACACACGGAGGAAACUGUGCACUUGUACUUGUGGCUGUCGGCUGCAGUUAUGGACCACAUUAAAGAUGGCUGGUUCACGGAGCUGUGCACGCUGUGGCCGGGCCAGGCGAUGAGCCUGCAGGUGGAGGAGGUGCUCUACCACCAGAAGUCCACGUUUCAAGAUGUCAUGGUCUUCAAGAGUAAAACCUACGGUAACGUCUUGGUGCUGGACGGUGUGAUUCAGUGCACAGAGAGAGAUGAGUUUGCCUACCAGGAGAUGAUUGCUAACCUCCCGCUGUGCAGCCAUCCUUGCCCUAAGAAGGUUCUGAUUAUUGGUGGUGGCGAUGGCGGCGUGCUGAGAGAGGUGGUGAAGAAUCCACUGGUGGAAUCGGUGGUGCUGUGUGAGAUAGAUGAGGACGUCAUUAACGUCUCGAAGAAGUUCCUCCCGGGGAUGGCCAAAGGGUUUUUCAACCCCAAGCUCACCCUUCAUGUUGGAGAUGGCUUUGAAUUCAUGAAGCAGAACCAGGAUGCCUUCGAUGUCAUUAUAACUGAUUCCUCAGAUCCAGUCGGACCUGCUGAGAGUUUGUUCAAGGAGUCUUACUAUCAGCUAAUGAAGGCAGCGUUGAGAAACGGUGGAAUUCUUUGCUCCCAGGGAGAGUGUCAGUGGCUCCAUUUGGAGCUGAUAAAGGAGAUGCAGACCUUCUGCAAGACCCUGUUCCCUGUUGUGGACUAUGCCUACAGCACCAUCCCGACUUAUCCCAGCGGCCAAAUUGGAUUCAUGCUCUGCAGUAAAAAUCCUGAAACUAAUUUCAAGAAACCAGUGAAAGCUCUGGUAAAAGAAGAAAUGGAAAGUAUGAACCUUAAAUAUUACAACCCUGAGAUUCACAAAGCAUCAUUCGUCCUCCCGGAGUUUGCAAGAAAGGUACUCUGUGAAGCAUGACCAGCAAUGACAGACCACCACGUUCAUCCUCUACCUGACCCCCAGACUACAGAAACACCCUUUUUCUACGGCCUCUCCAUCUCCUCAACACAGCUCGACUGAAAGAUUUUGUGCGGUGGCGUCUCAUAAUCAGUGGGUGGAAACUUGUUGAUUUCUACAGACAAAGUGUUAGUUUGUUCCCCUUCCUUCCAGCUCACUCUCUGUGUCUAUUUAUUUUUCUCAUGUAUUUGAAUAUUCAUUUUUACCCUAAUUGUCGUAUCAUGUUUUGUGAAGAGCUAUUUGAUGGGCGGGGCUGAGUGGAAAGAGCAGUGUCAUCGAACCUGACCUCACUCUGAAACAUUGUAUUGUUCAUUGGAUUCACUGCACAUAUGUUAUGCAAUAUAUUACAUACCAUAGAGAGUAUGUACAUGUAAUGCAUUUUUAUUUGUAAUGCUAGGUAUCAUCUUGUGCUAAUAGGAAAAUACAGUGGCCAAUUUUUUCUACUUUAUAUUCAGAAUAAUGUGACCUCUACACACGAUUGAUCCAUUGUUUUUGUUCUUUUCAUGGUCAAAAUCCAUCGUUAUUCCUUAUGAGUUUGACACAAAGAAAUCAAUUACUUUGUUCUUUUUUGUACUUUUUUGCAAGUAUCAAAAAUAGCAAUGAGAAAAAAACAGGUGGUUUACAGAUUUAGAUUUUUGAUAUUCAAUUUUUCUGGUUUUAGGGACCAGUAAGUUGUUCGUCUUUGUAUUUGAUAAUUUUGCAACAAGUAUAUUUGCUUGAUGGCUGCACCUGAUUUACUUUAAUGAAUGAGCUUAAACAUCUACAACUAACAAAGUACUUUUGAAAAUUGGGUUUAAUUCACAGCACAGAGUGUAAUUUCUUGCGUGUGUGUAUCUUGGGGAAGGAACAUGAACUCUUUAAGAUUCCUUCAGUGUCAUAGUAAUUCUCUGUGUUAAUCCAUCGAAUUGUACACACUACCAAAUUAACUGUUAAUAGUCGCGUUACUGCCGCGGGUUUAGCUCACAAUAUUUAGUGAAACAAAAUACAGCCUGUCUCUUAUAAACAGAAAUUGUCAUUCACACUAGUCAAGACUUUGAAUGCGACAUUUUCCCCAAAAACUUUUAUUGAUGCUCUAACUCGUAUUAAUUUCAUCAAAUCAGGUACGGCCAUGGCUCAAGUGUAUUUGGUGCUAGUUAAGUGAUAAAGUCCGUAACCUCCUGCUCGCACAAAUCAACAUCUCUCCGCAGCGGAUUUAUUAUUUCUUAACCUAGCAUAAAUUGGAUAAUUAAAAAACUAGCCAUUAUUAGGUGUUAUAGUGAACCUCCUAAAUUGAUAAAGUAACAAACAGCAUUUAGUUUUUUCUCAUUUUGGAUUCCAGAUUUAAUAUGAAAAGAAUGAAUGAUCCUCAGCUUAUCAUUCUUCCAGUGCCUGAAAAUGGUAGUUGUUGAAAAUUGAAUUUUUUUUCUCCUUGUGUCUAUGGCAGUGUUCCAGGCAGAGAAUGAUAUUGAUGAGUUUUCAUUCUAGAUGAAAGCGCAAAUGUCAUGAGUUGAGAAAAUUGUCUCUAAAAUUUCAUGAACUUCAAAUGAGGUAAAUCUAAUUGAUGCUCUUUGACCAUCAAUUUAAUAUGGAAUACUGUAAUGUUGGUAAAAGAAAAUGAAAUAUGGUGUUGGCGCUUUGCAAUCCAAGAAAUACCUUUUUUUUUAAAGGUGAUUCAUUAUGCAAUGAUAACUUGCAGUAUUGGGUGUUGACCACUGAUGGGAAGCCUGUAAACUGAUGUGUUUCACUGCAGGAAGCUGUUCAUUUCUCUCAAUGGAAAUCAUGUCUCAGUGUGGUUUAUUUGUUUGUUGAGCUAAUGUCAAGCACUUCAUAUCUGUUACUUUUAAUUCCACGAGGAAUGAGAAGCGGGGUCGUACCUGAGCAAUGAGUCUGUGUUUUUAUAAUAAUUAUGAACUGUAAUAAAUUGAACACAAAAUGGU